AUGACAAACAGUAAUAAUAUGAUGAUAUCUUUCGCAGCAGGAAACGUAAGCGCCAGUUGGUCCAAGGAUCAAUUACGCCACACGUGUGUGCAUAACCUACAAAUAUCUUUAUUUGCCGGGAUAGCUUAUUGUUCCCUUCCCACCUAUCUCAUAAAUAUGUCACUGGAAGAAUGCUUUUAUAAGUAUACAAAACAUGGUGAAUUUCUCGAUGGUCCCUGUUUUAAAACCGUUUUCAGCAAAUUACUAGGUUAUGGAAUAAUUAUUGGCUCAUCACUUGUGAAAAUUCCACAAGUGUUAAAAUAUACUAUCGAUUCUACUCGAGUUAAUUUCGUUUACUCGAUGAGUGUAUAUUCAAUUGCGAAUAAAUUUCCGUUCAGCUCUUAUGGUGAAGGGAUAUUCUUGGGUAUACAGGAUUUCUUGUUAGCUAUAAUGGCCAUCACUUGGACGUAUUCACGUGCUAAGGCUGUGUUAUUCACAUGCACCUACAUGGCGGGUUUAGCUGUCCUCUUGUCGCCAACCCUUCCUCUGUCCACUUUAAUGUUAUUACAAACAGCCAAUCUUCCAAUUAUGCUAUCGUCUAAGAUUGCACAAAUAUGGACGAAUUGGUGUAGUGGUACAACGGGCCAGUUGUCAGCUAUCACAGUGGUAUUAUUCGCUGUUGGCUCAACUGCGCGUAUAUUUACAUCGAUUCAAGAGACUGGUGAUCGAUUGAUGAUUGUAUCGUGUAUUCUUGCCGCCUUGUGCAACUACCUACUACUUGUACAGUUAGUCUACUAUUGGAAUGUACCCGGUGUCAGCGUCAAUGAUGCUAAGAAUAAGCCUCCACCGCGUAGAUUGUCGCCGAGAAAAAUGAAGGCGAACUGA